AUGCUAACCAUUACCUGUGUCCUGUGUCCAGGGGGGAACCGUCUGCAGCAGCAGCAGUUCCGGCUGCACUGGGCCUGGGUCUCUCUGGAGCAGCCUCGCUACACGGUGCAGGAGGAGCACAAGUUCCUGGAGGUGGUCCUGCGGCGGAGGGGCUACCUGGGGGAGACCUCCUUCGUCAGCAUCGGCACCAGAGACGGCACGGCGCUGAAGGACCAGGACUUCCGCGGUAAAGCCCAGAGGCAGGUCCAGUUCAACCCCGGACAGAGCAGCGCCGUGUGGAGGGUGAGGAUCCUGCCCGACUCGGAGUACGAAGUAUCCGAGAGCUUCCACAUCGUCCUGUCCGAGGCCGUCAUGGCGGUGCUGGAGUACCCCCAGGAGGCCGCCGUGGAGAUCCUGGACCCGGAGGACGUCCGCUCCACGCCGCGCUGCAGGCUCCACGCCGCGCUGCAGGCUCCACGCCGCGCUGCAGGCUCCACGCCGCGCUGCAGGCUCCACGCCGCGCUGCAGGCUCCACGCCGCGCUGCAGGCUCCACGCCGCGCUGCAGGCUCCACGCCACCAUUUCCUCCACCGACUGA